UCGUGAUGGAGAAGUCACGUUUGAAUUCGACGAAAUUGUAGUGCACGGUCGAAGAAACGAUACAACAACAAUGUCGAAGUUAUUCAACAUACUAUUCCUCGGCAUACUAAUCGCAAAGGACACUGUCGACGCAGGGUUAUGCGAUCUUAAAAUCGAUCCUGCCAUCCUUCAGAAAAUUCAUCUGCAAGUUUACAAAGGUGACAGUUCUUCCUUCACGUUCACCGAAAGCCAUGUGACGAACCCAGAGAUCAUUGCGCAGGACAUUGUCCACGGCGAUGAGACCAUUCUUUACGUUCAUGGGUUCAUGGAAGAUACAAGUGCCGAUAACGUUAUGGUUAUACCGAAAGCGUAUUUGGAUAAAGGUGGCGUUAACGUGAUCGUAGUCGAUUGGGGAGAGAUAGCGCUUAACAUCAAUUACCUUUAUGUUAGCAGCCAAGUGCCUUACAUAGGAAAGGCAAUCGCCGAAUCUAUGGAAAAGCUAGCUGACGUGAUCGAUUUGAACACGUUGCACGUGAUUGGACAUUCUUUGGGUGCUCACAUUGCUAGCCACAUUAGUAAAUUCAUGAACGUUACUCUAAAUCGGCUAACAGGUACGUGA